AUGGCAAAAGCAAAGGACAGUGCAGUACUUAGCGACGAAGUGGAGUGCCCAAGCAACCGGAUAGGAAUACGCAUUCCAGCCUUUUGGCCCAAGGACCCAGAAUUAUGGUUCGCCCAGGUAGAAGGACAGUUUAGUGUAGGCGGCAUCACCGACGAUUAUACUAAAUACGCCUACGUCGUCUCACGACUAGAGCCAAAACAGGCUCGCAAAAUAAAAGACGUCAUUACAAGCCCCCCCGAAGAAAAUAAGUACGAGGCAAGUAAAAGAACGCUAGUACAAAGAUUAACUGACUCGAGGGAACAACAAAUCCGGAAACUUCUGGAGCAAGAAGACAUAGGUGAUCGCAGACCAUCACAAUUUCUACAACACAUAUCCACACUAGCGGGAACAGCAGUACCAGAGGAGCUGCUACGAACCCUGUGGCUAGCAAGAUUACCACCGUAA